CAGAAAAGCCUGGUGUUUAUUAUUACCUCAUAAAACUUGAUGAUGGGAAUUACACUGGGAGUGGUAUACAAAGACAGAGUUUGGCUGUAAAUCCCAACCUUCAGGUUCAAACUUCAGAUGAAGUCCUCUUACAAAGAAGUUAAGUAUGAUAUAGUGCUUGAUUCUGAGAUAAACAAGAAUUAAGAAGACUUUGGUGCUUCCCAACUAACAGAGUGGAUAAAGACAGAAAUAAUGGCAACAAGAGGAUCUUUCUCAGAGGCGGACCUCUUAUGUCCCGUGUGCCGCCAUAUCUACAUGGAUCCUGUCAUUUUGUCUUGUGGUCAUAGCUUCUGCAAGGUUUGCUUGGCAAAAUGCUGGCAGAAGAAAAAAUCUUUUAAAUGUCCUUCGUGUAAGAGACAGUCUUCCAAACUGUUGCCUCCACCGAACCUGAACUUAAAAACCAUGUGUGACAGAUUUCGUCUGGACAAAUACGAGUCAGCCACACCUGAGAUGUUUUGCAGGCUGCAUAAUGAGAACCUCAAGCUCUUCUGCCUUGAGGACAAACAGCCGCUGUGUGUUGUGUGCCGAGACUCAAAGCUACACAGCAACCACAGAUUCAGACCGCUGGACGAGGCAGCUCAAGAACACAGGGAGGAGGUUCAAUCUAAACUGAACCCCCUGCAAGACAACCUCGAGUCGUUUCUAAAGGCAAAACGGACUUGUGAUCUUAACAUAAAAUACAUUAAGAACCAGGCUCAACACACAGAAAAGCGAAUUAAGAGCGAGUUUCAGAAACUUCACCAGUUUCUACAAGAUGAAGAGACGAAGCAAAUAUCUGCACUGAAGGAGGAGCUGAAUGAGAAAUGCCGAAUGUUAAACGAAAACUUCAACUUUAUAGCCAAUGAGAUUGUACAGCUUUCAGCAACUAUCAAAUCUAUCCUAGAAGAAUUAGCGACCGAGGAUAUCUCUUUUCUUAAGAACUACAAAACUGCUCUGGAAAGAACUGAGUAUGAGCUGAAGGAUGCCGAAACAGAGUCUGAACCAGUGAUUGAUGUGGCGAAGUAUCUGGGUAACCUGCAGUUUAAAGUGUGGAAGAAGAUGAAAGAUAUGGUUGAAUACUAUCCUGUGAUUCUAAACCCUAACACCGCACACCCGUGUCUCAAUCUGUCGCCCGACCUGACUAUGUUUGUGUUCCAAGAUAAGUAUGAGCAGCUUCCUGAAAACCCAGAGAGAUAUAAUUAUCAUUUGUGGGUCCUAGGCUGUGAGGGUUUAAACUCAGGGACUCACUGCUGGGAGGUCAAGGUGGAAAACAGUGUGGAAUGGGCUCUAGGUGUUCUGACUGGCUCUGAUGGAAAAGAUUCUACAGUGCGUUCCUACAGUGCAAGUGUAUGGAAAAGUUGUUACCAAAAUGUUACGUAUGGUGCCAGUGCCACUGGAGGGUCUACCACCAUCCUCAAUUUGACGAAGGACCUGAAGAGGAUCAGAGUGCAGCUGGACUGGGACCACGGACACGUCUCAUUCUCAGACCCAAUCACCGGCCACAAUCUAAAAACGUUUUUCUACAGUUUUACGGACAGUGUCUAUCCAUACUUCUGCAAUCAGUGUGAACGUUAUCCUCUGAGAAUUUUACCAGCGGAUAUUUUUGUCAGUGUAGAACAGUCUGGACACAGUACAUAUCACCUUGCUUGCGAUAAUACGGACUCUUCUGCUUAGUUGUGUACACGGUGGCAAGAGAGAGAGUUGACAAAAUCAGAAAGAAUGGUGGAUUAUUUACACAUGAAUAGCUUCUUGAUGCUUGACAUUCAUGACAUGUUUUUCAUCCACUAGUCACAGAAAUGACAUUUUUAUUAUGCUACACCAAUUUAACAAUAAAACUGCAGUGAAUUUAUACUUUUAUAAAUACCAUAAUAACAAAAUAACACACAAAUUUGUUCUCCCGAGUAGCGCCGCAGAAAUGCAUUUGCACUACCGUCCAAACUCGUGGUCUCCCAAUAAUGCCAGAGUUAUGGUAUAAUGAUGGGUGGGAAUCGGCAAGACCAAAAAUAUGGCAGAAAACGGGGCUGUAAAAACCCACACAAAUGUUCAUUUUAUUAUUUCAUAUUUAUUAUUUACAGUUGCAGUUAUUAAAGUUAUGCUUCAUUACAUUUGUUUAGGGCUGCAACUAACGGUUAUUUGCAUAAUCGUUUAGUUGGCCAAUUUAAAAGCAAUGAAUUAAACUACAGUCCUAAAUUAAUAAUAAAAACUCACUUUCACUGCACCUUGUGGUUUCUGUUACUCACUGCCUUUAGACAUAUUGUUUUACGUGUGCUUACUUUGAUUGUACUGUUUUAAUUAGACAUUACAGAUCUUACUUGCGCUAUACUGUGUAUCAGUGCGUCUACACCGCGAGUGAAGAGCAACGCAGCCUCGUUAUAAAUAGAUCACUUCUACACAGAAUUUACACUGCAAGCGCCAAAUACAGCAUAUAAUGACAAUACACUGAAAUUAAACUAAACCUUAUAAGCAGUUGGCACCAGUUUCCCCUGCCCCUUACACACAGUGGAGCAUGUUGUAUACAAACAUAAGUUUGUGCUCGUGCAUCACUGUCGUGCUUCCCUACUACAGAAUCUCCUCCGUGGUGUUUAAUAUAAAAUGCUCUCCUGCCUUAGAGGACUUGGAGGUCCCACAAUUUUUCCCACUAUCACUUGAUAUUUACGCCUCCUGAUGGUCACACCGUCUGAUGGUGACUGAGGUCAUGUUGGGUAUAAAAGGUAACGUUGACAUAAACAGUAAACUAAAGAAUGUCAUUGUCAUUGACUCGGGGUAUCUGGUAAAGCUAUCGGCGGCACAUUACGUGCGUAUGACAUCAUGUGCCACUGACUGGGAAACAUCUUUUACUUCCGGUUAGUAAAAAAAACGCUAGUGUUCCAUUUGAGAUUAUACUACCCUUCUAAAAUUUAAUAUUUACAACUUUAAUAAUAUAACAGAAGUAACGUAAUGAGUAAACCUGCCCUGUGCCGUGUGCAAACCGACUAAUCAAUAAUGAGAUUUGUUGACAACGAUUUUCAUUAUCGAUUAUUAUCGAUUUUAUUGAUUAGCUGUUGCAGCUCUACAUUUGCUUAUUGCAACUCAGUAAGAUCACAUCAUAUUCCAUGAUAUUUCACAACGUAAGGUGUAAUCAAACGUGUAAUGACACUACCCACUCUGGACAGUUUAAUGAAGAGCAUGAUUAGAUCGAUCUCUAUUCACAGAGAGACCGAGAGAGACACUCACGAGAGAUGGAGGACACCACAUGGGAUGCUAAUGAGAAGGAUGCUUCCAUCGAUAUCCAUUCUGAAAGAGAAACUCAAGCGAGGUGGGAAUCACCACACGGUGCUGUGUAUCAGGUACAGCAGGUUUUGCUGUGUUCCUUCUCUCACUUGCUUUCUCAGGAGACAGCUGAAUCAUUCAGAGGAGCAAACGAAGUCAAUCUAUUUGAGUAAUUUUGCGGUUUUCAUUCCAUUUCCACUGACUUUUCCUUAAUUGCAUCUCAAGAGAAUGUGGAUUCUGUGUGUUUGGAUGUAUUUCCUUUCAUUAUACAAUGCAAAACAAAUCUGAAGAACCUGAACUGCAUGCUAAAUUGUGAAGCGGCGUACGGUCAUAAUUAAGUGCAGAGCUACCGUUUUGAACGUGUUUCCUCGGUUUAUGGAAAAUAGACUUUGCAACGUAGCAGACAUUCAAUAAGGCAGAAAUCACUCGGCCAUAUCAUACAUCCUUUCUGUCCAAGACGACAAAUUGCCUCACAGAAGUCAUACUGCGAGCUGGAAAAGCGCUGGAUUUGUAAAAAGACAAGUUUACUGUUACAUGCACAUUGUUAUGGUGUACAGAACGAUGUGUGUAUUAUAUACUGUAGAGUUGUGUAAAGGAUUACACAAGGUUAAUCCCAUGAGGAUAAACACAAAUGACCAGGAAAGCAAACUUGUUUUCAGCCAGCAAUCGCUUUCUAAACCUAACCCAUUAAAUUAUUAAUAGUCAUCCUGGUAGCUGAUAAACUAUACAAAUGUGCUAAAAGUGAUGCUAUCUCCUGCUAUCACCAUUUGGAGAAUAAACUUCAGGUCUGAUAACAGCAGGCCAGGAAAAUACAUCACAUAAUUCAAACACCAGUUUAGACAUAAGUAAAUAUUAAAGGAAACUAAUGUGUUUUGUUUUUUUUUUCUCCAUAGAAACAGCCAUAAUGGUUUAACAGGUAGCAUGUAGACACAGUUGAUGGCUUUCUAAUGACAUUCAAAUGUGGCCUACAGGAAGAUGCUGUUAACAUGAUUUGGUUUAACUGUGACUCAGCAGACCUGAAUACCUCGCUUAUAAAGAAUAAACAAAACAAUAAAACCACAAUGGGACAUUCUGUUAAAAGAAAAUAUUGAACAAUUAUUAGGUGGUGGGAUGUGGCCCCACAUGAGGUGGGGUUACUGUUAGUAGAUUUACAUUAUUUUCCCAUAACAGCACAUACCAAAAUGUUUUAUUCCUCUUAUACCACAGCAAUUUUCCAAAAUUUUGUAAAAAAUUUUUUUUUUUAAAUAACACCGUACUUUUUAUCCAUUUAUUGUUAUAUUUAAAGUUUUGGAACAUCCACAAGACAAGUUAGUACCUGUUGUCACUGAUAGAGGUCAAUUGAUAGUGGAUUUGACCGAUACAGAGAACUAGGUUGGGCGGUACCUGCCGAUAACCGAUUACUGAACUUUUAAAAUUGAUACUGAAUGAAAACAUAACACUCAGAGUAAGAUAUUCCUGAACAUUAUUACAAAAAUAAACAGUACUGACUGCACCGUGACAACGUUCUGUACUUUUUAAAUAAAAUGAAUACAUAAAUAUUAAUAAAUAUUAACUAUUAAUAAAUGUUACAGUAAAUAAAAAUUAUACAUCCAAACCAAACUAAAAAUUAACACACCAAAUAAGAAAUAAAAUUAGAAAAAUCCAAAAUGAAUGAAGAACACUUCCAAUAACACAACAAAAUUUGUCAGUGAUAGUUUUUAUUUGGCCUCUGGAGGCCGCUCUCGUACUGUAUAAUGACAGCAGACCCUUCUCUGCCGCUCCAGCAAAGGACCCAAACAGGAUUUUUGCCGAUAACCAUAGUUUCAGCAAUCGGCUAUCUGUGCUGAUUAAUCCGCGAAACCGAUCAUUCGGUCGACUUCUAGCUACUGACACUAUAAACAGCCUUUCCCUCCCGAAGAACCCCCAAAAAAGCUUUUCCGAUAAACCAGAAAAGGGCGAAACCUUGUGAUGCUUGUUGGUAAAUGAGACCUUUUAGCUGUACUCAUGUUCGACACAUAUGAGUACAUGUGUGUACGAGUAUAUGACACAUAAAUGGGAUUUGGCUGAAUGUGAUAACAUCACAUGACACAUCUUGGCCCGAAUCUAUGACAAAUCUGCUGUAAUUGUUUUAAUUGCAAGCUCCUCCGAAUACUGCGGCGUUUCCAUGAUUUUGUGUUAAUUUCUGCGGUCGCACAAUUACUACAUCCUGGAGAACUGUCUGACCAAUCAAAUUCAACGGGACUGUGGUAUGAAUAGAAUUGAUGGUUAGAGAGAACUAGUAAAUAUCUGAUUAAGAUAACAAGUACCUGUAACUCAUUCAAGAAAGGAUACCUUUCAGGGACCAUUAGAAUUUUUAUGAAAACCAUUAGGCCAAUUCCUAUUGGGAAGUGGGGAAAAAAUGUAAUCUACCUUUCUUUCCCCAACAGGGAGUGUUAGGGUGUGCAAAUAGUCAAAUAAAUCAUUCCUUAUCUGUUCCUUAUAAAUUUCCCUAGGUUCCAGGUGUCACUAACCAAAAGUGAUUAUUCAGCUCACUAGAGUAAAUCUUGAGUUUGCUGCCAAAAUGUGUUGUGACAUUGUGCCAAACAUACUCAGGACAUCAUGUUCCCUAACUGAGGAAAUAAAUUGUGGAAGUGAAUUCUAU